AGUGGUAUGGCCUCAACUGCUGCAAACCGUGCACAAUUCAUUGCCUGGAACAUCAACUUCAUUCAACAAUAUGGAACUGAUGGUGUUGACUUGGAUUGGGAAUACCCUACUUCUACCGGUGCUGGCUGCAAUGCUGUCAACGCUAACGAUAUCACCAACUUUGCCUCCCUUGUCAAGGAAAUGAGAGCCGCUUUGGAUUCUAACUUCCCUACUGUCCAUAAGGAACUUACUCUUGCCGUACAUCUUACCCCCUGGGGAGGUGCCACUAUCGUCCCUGAUGCCACUGCUUUCACACCCUAUGUUGACAGAUUCAACGUCAUGUCCUUCGGUAAUUGGAACGCUACCAGUGGUCCUAACGCUCCUCUCCAUAACACCCCUGGUUAUGGAUACCCAUACGGUCUUGUCGAAGGUGUGCAGUCUUGGAUUGCUGCUGGUGUACCAGCUAGCCAAAUUGCCGCUGGUGUUGCUUUCUACGGUCGUGCUCAAACACUCACUGUCUCCUCUACUACUACUCAAUACAACCCCGGUGUUGUUGGUGCUCCUCUCGGUGAUCAACUUGAUGCUCCCUGGCAAGAUGCUUAUUGCUCCAGCGACACUCAGGCCGCUUCUGGUGUCUGGAGAUAUACCUACAUGCGCUCCCAAGGUCUUUUGACUACCCCUACUACCGCUGCUUCUCCCUGGAUCCGUAGCUUCGAUAACGUCACCCAAACUCCCUGGUUGUUCAACCCUUCCAACAAGCAAUACAUUUCAUAUGACGAUCCCGUCAGUAUUGGCGUCAAGGCUGAUUAUGCCAUCUCUGCUGGUCUCGCUGGUCUU